UGAGGAGAUUAGAGUUCCUUCUUUCCCUGACUCGCCCUCUCUCCCCUAGCCCCUCCCCUCCCCUGAACGGGAGUGGUGUCUCAGUUUUCCUUCUUUUCCUCCUUCCAGCUAGCAGGAAUAUGGACACGAUGGCUGGAAGGUGGAGCAGUCAUUUUAGAUCAUGAGGUGACCUCUGGAAUGGGGGCCAGACACAGUGGAGGAAAAUAGGCCUCUGGGUCCCUUGUGCAGUGAGGCCUUAUGUUGUCUCCGCAUUCCCUACCUCAGGACUUUCAAUUGAGAAAAAUACAUUUAUCUUGAUUAAGACAGUUAUUGUUGGGGUUUUGUCAUUCACAGGUAAAAACCAUUUCUAACUAUAAUCCACUUUGCUCCAAGUUGUCUUCACCAUCUUGAUCAGAGUUGGCAGUAUUUCUUGCCUGGCUUUUUGACAGAAUCUAGUAAUUGAUAUCUCCAUAUUUCCUGGCAUCCUCUUUAGCCUCUUUCCAAUCAGUUUUCGAGGCAGUAAAGUGAUCGGCUACAAAUGCAAAUAGAUUGUUGCUCUUGACCCCUUCAAGCAGGUCAGUGGUUUUUUGUUGCUCUUAGGGUAAACUUAAGUAGUUAAGAAGGCAAGACUCCUGUGUGGUCUGGCCAUCACCAUGAAAGUAUGAGCUGAGUUUCUCCUAACUCACCAUACUUCAGCUGCACUGGCCUUCCAGUUUUUCAAGUGUGUUGUGCUUUCUGCCACCUCAAGGACUUUGUUUUCUGUAGCUUGUGCCCUAAAUGCCUCUGUCUCUUCUGACCCUUUGGUAAACCUCUUACAUCAAAUCUCAUCUCAGUCAUCUGUUCCUAGGGGAAAUUUCCCCUGAUGUACCUUAUAUUCCUCCAUCACCUCAUUAUAAGUUCUCAGACCUCUAUGUACCUCUCUUAAAUAGCACUUACAAUUUUGUUCAGAGUUCUUUGGUUAAUGUUUAUCUUUUCCACUAGAUAAACUCCAUAAGAAAAGGUAAUAUGCCAUUUUUAUUGUUUUUCUGAUGCUUGUACCAUGUCUAGCACAUAUAAAAUGCUUACUAAAUAAUUUUUAAAUGAGUAAAUGAGAGAUAAGAGGGAGUCAUGUCGUGUAAAAGUAGGUAUGCCAAACAAUAAACUUGCAGACUUUGUCCUCGAGGAAAUACAACAUGACAACCAAGAUUUUCAGCAGAAGAGUAAAAUAUGUGCUAUAAAAAGUCAGCCUUGCUAACACUGUACAGAAUACCUUGGGAAAAAAAAUCUGUUGGAAGGAGAGAUGCAUGUUUCCCUGUUGUAGUAGAAAUUCACGAGGGAAGUGAUAAGAGCCUGAGGUAAGUUUGUGUUCCUGUUCUUCUAGAGAAUCCUUCAGUAUAAACCAGGUUAGGUAGCAGUUUUCUUUCUUUCUUUUUUUUUUCUGGUAUUGGGGAUCGAACUGAGGACCUUCUGCUUGUGAGACAGGCAUGGCACCACUGAACUAAAUCCCCCAGGCCAGGUCUCAGUUUUCUUUAUUGCUGGUUUGGGAUUUAGCUCUCAUGGCCUGAUUAGUGAAUUAUCUAUCUGAUUUUCAUCUUCCAAUAUAUCAUUGCUGUGGUUUUAUUUCCAAUUAUUCUUGAUUUUUAUUUACAUUUUAAAUCUCUUCACUGUAGUUUUGGUGGAGUUAGGGAGGGAGCAAAAUUAGAUGUGUUUAAUGCCACUUUACUUUCUACAUUUUUGUUUUGUGAUGAACAUUCUUUGUUGUUUUACUGCAUAAAAUUGCCUUUCAGAUUGAUGAAGAUUUUCAAGUGACAAUAUCAAAUGAUGGUUACAACUGUGGUUGAAAGGGUGGGAGUACAAAUUGGUACAACAUUUCUAAACACUAGUAUUUCUCUAAAAUCUUACAAAUGUACCUAUUUUUAAAACAAAAGUCACACCUCUAAUAAUUUAUUCUAAAGAAAUAAUUUAGCUUUAAGGAUGCUCAUUGCAGCCUUGUUCUUGAUAAUGAAACAAUUUUCAACAAUGGAGAGCUGAUUAAACUACGCUUUCAUAAAUCAGGUAUAUAGUAAUUAGAAGGUACUUAAAAUUAUAUUGUAGAAGCAAGCUUCUCAAACAGCACUACUCCAGAGAAUUCAUAGAACAUUUCCCAAGGGGUACAUGAGGCUAUAGGAAAAACUUAACUCAUCUUCAUCAAGCAUGAAUGCUGCGGGUGCUUUCUAGUUACCCAUCCCAAUGUUCAUUCUCUCUUUCUGCUGCAGUAACAGGAUCCUGAUAUGUAAUGUGGGUAUUGCUGCUCAGAAUAAUAACACUACAUUUUCCCCUUCUCUGUUGUAACUAGGUUUUGUUUUAGAAUUAAAUGCACACCAAAAAAAUGUUAAGUGUUGGGAGGGACUUCAGGGAGACAAGGUGAAGAGCUGAUGGGGACCACUUUGCUACUUCCGCACUUAGUCUUCCCCUUUAAAUUUUUUUAAUAUUAUUAAGUGAAAAUGAAUAUUAAAAAGUUGAAAGGUCUGGCCAGUUCCAAGUCGAGGAGAGUAGGAAGACGUGAAAAGGGGGUGAGGGUAUCUAUAAGAGUCUUAGUUACACAAUGCUAAUUUUCCUUUAUGAUUAGGCCCAAUUUGAAAAGGCUGAUGAGACUCAUAUAAAUUGCUUGUGGUAGAGGCUUCUUUUUAUGUUUUUACUGUGCCUACUUAACGCAUCUUUCAGACUAAAGGAGAUCAGGUGUGAGGCUCUUUCCCUUUGUAGAACCUAUGAUGCCCGCCCACCUCCUCUUCCCACAUUAGCCUAGGAUCUCAUCAGGGUUUCCAGAUUUCUAAACGGUGCACACUGAUUAAGCCUCUCUGAGGUAUCAGAAAACGUGCAUUUACCUGAAUUUUGGACAGGUUUGGUCCCAAUUCCUAUUUAGACUUUGGACCAGCGAUGACCAUUGGGCCAGACUGAUAGAGAAGGCGCUUGCUACAAACCAAUCCUGGGAGUAGGGGCGGUGUGAGUCUGGGCCCCGCCUCUCCGCAGAGCCAAUAACUCGGAACGGGCUUUCAGGAGGCGUGGCGCGCCUGGCUGGCAAUGUCGUGAUUGGCUCGCUGGCUUCCACUGCGCCCGCCGGCCCGGACGUCUAGCUCCCCAGCGAGUAAGACCUUCAAAGUUUGUCCCCUCCGGAGCACCGUAAAGGCUUUGACCCGGGCCUGGGUGAGCUGGGCUGGGCCCCGGAGACCCUGAUGGCUGCGGUGUUUCUGGUGACGCUCUAUGAAUACUCGCCGCUCUUUUACAUCGCUGUGGUCUUCACCUGCUUCAUCGUGACCACCGGCCUGGUCCUGGGAUGGUUUGGUUGGGAUGUUCCGGUAAUUCUGAGAAAUUCCGAAGAGACCCAGUUCAGCACAAGAGUUUUCAAAAAGCAAAUGAGACAAGUGAAGAAUCCUUUUGGCCUAGAGAUCAUGAAUCCAUCCACAGCUUCAAUUACAACCGGCCUAACACUGACAACAGACUGUCUUGAAGACAGCCACCUUACAUGCUAUUGGGGCUGCAGUGUCCAGAAAUUAUACGAAGCGCUGCAGAAGCACGCGUACUGCUUCCGGAUCAGCACUCCGCAGGCGCUAGAAGAUGCCCUGUAUAGCGAGUAUCUCCACCAAGAGCAGUACUUUAUUAAAAAGGACAGCAAAGAAGAAAUAUAUUGCCAGUUACCAAGAGACACUAAAAUUGAAGACUUUGGGAUGGUGCCCAGAUCUCGUUAUCCGUUGGUGGCACUGUUGACCUUAGCAGAUGAGGAUGACCGAGCAAUUUAUGAUAUUAUUUCCAUGGUAUCAGUAAUUCAUAUGCCUGAUAAGACUUAUAAACUUCCCUGCAGAAUAUUGUAUCAAUAUUUACUCCUGGCUCAAGGUCAAUUUCAUGAUCUUAAGCAACUUUUCAUGUCUGCAAAUAAUAAUUCCACUCCCUCCAGCGGUCCCUCACCAGAAGAGAAGAACGCAGACCGCAGUUUGCUGGAGAGGGCUGGACUGUGUGAAGGCGAGGCAGAGCCUUCGGAGGACAGCAGCAAGGACUGCGUCGUGUGCCAGAAUGGGAGUGUGAACUGGGUGCUCCUGCCCUGCCGGCACGCGUGCCUGUGCGAUGGCUGUGUCCCGUAUUUCCAGCAGUGCCCGAUGUGCAGGCAGUUUGUGCAGGAAUCCUUUGCACUUUGCAGUCAGAAAGAACAAGACAAAGACAAACUGAAAACUCUUUGAAGAUGCUGUGGCAACUGAAAAGUACACUUUCUAGCUGACAUGCAGACAGCUGUGUCCUUAGAAUUAAUCCUGACACGGAGUCAACAGUAUUGACCAUCAAAGGAAAUUCUACGUUAACCCCAUUUAUGCAAUACAGGGAUGAAGGAAGCGAAAUGAUUCCUUUCCGCUCAGUGUGGUGAACGCUGGACUGCUGCGUUAACACAGAAAAAUCCAGAAGAAUGUAAAUAUUCGGCUUUUUGUCAGCUACAUGAUUUCAUAUAAUCAUUCUAGAAAGCAGUCCAGCUGAAAUUUGGGGAGCUAAAAGUCUCACGAUUGCGGAAUAUCUUGCUCUUGACAUAAUCCGGAGUGAAGUUAGGAAGAAACUUAUUUCUCUUUAAAGUCAUUGUAUGUUCCUCAGUUUACGUUCCUCAGUUGGAAAGGGCUUCUUUCUUUAAAUCCUUUCCUGAGAUACGCUUUUGUAAAUAUCAAUCUCUCUGGUUUCUAAUUUCCCUUAACAUCAUUAUUACAUAAGCACAAGUCUUAAUCUUUAAAUAUAGGUUGUUAAAUCAUAAAUGCAAGAUACAAUUCUUAACUGUUCCCAGGGUAUCAUAUAUUAAAAUGAUACUGAUCUAUAGGCAGCAGAUAUAUAAAACCCAGAUAAUAAAAUUUCUUGGAUAGUUAAACUAAUCAGCUUGCUUGUCAAAUAUGAUUAGAUUAGCAGAAGUAUCAGGGAAGAUCUGUGAGACUUAAUCCCUUCCCUUAGAUUUCCUCCUCUAUUCACAAAAGGAGGGGUUUUGGAAAAAUUACUAAAAAAAAUAGCCAUUUUUUUCUAGAGUAUUUUUAUUCCAAAUAAACCUGGUAUCCCUCUGAAUUAUAAAUGACUUUUUUAUACCUUGUUAUAUCUGUCUAAGCAUUGAGGAACUUGAUAGGCAAAGUACCCCUUUCCAAGGUGACUAAGAAUGAGGUGGUGAACCUAUGGCACGCAUGCCGCAGCUGGCUAUUUGUUAUUGAAAGCUCUGAAAGGCUCGCCAUCACUGACUUACAAUAAAAAGAGAAAAUUGAGCUUCCUUCUGUGAAAAUAACGUUCAGCUCACCAAGAAUGUACACCAGGGCAAAUAAAUUGUGACGUUCAGGGAGACUUUUCAAGCCUUUUUUGUCCUGUUUGUAUUAAAAAUAGUGGCUUACCUUUC